AUGAGAAACUCUUUGGUAGAGGAAAUAGACAAGAAAACGUACAACCCUAAUGUGUAUUACACCACGGCAGACCCACAAUCGCGAUCGUAUCGUCCAAAGAACGGCAUUAGUAAAAACGCGACUUCCCAAUACAGGUCCGUCAAAAGAAUCAACUACUCCCUAGCUGAUAUGGAAGCAAAGCUGUAUACGCAAAAGAAGGAGACUGGGCAAACAGAUGAAAAUACCGGUAUGAAAGGCUCCACCCUGGAGGCUCUAGAAAAGUUUACUCCGCAACAAAUUAUACAGUCCAAGAGAAGAUUCAUGGAGCUAGAUACAGAGAAUUUACAGGAUUUAUCAGAUAUACCGAGUCUGCUUAGUAGUUUGACAGGCAUGAAUAAGGAUAAAAUUGACUCAAACACGACAACGAUAACAAAUGCAGACUCGGACGCUGCUUCUAGGGCAAACAGAAAUAAGUAUGAGAUCCCAAAGAUGCAGGUAUCUUAUAGAUCCACUAAACCACCAAAACCGAAAAAGAAGAAUACUAACAGAAUUGCUUCUUUGAAAAAAAUCAUGUUAACCAAGCGACCACUAAAUACCUACCUGGAUAUGAUGAAUCAAGUAGAUAGAAGCAUUAUUUUACAAAACCUUUCUAACAAGAAAUACUUCAAGGUCCUUUCUUUAAUAACUAUUUGUUCCAUUUGUGGCGGAUUCGACAGUAUAUCAGGUUGUGUUAAAUGUGGAGAUAAGAUUUGUUCUUUGAACUGUUUUACAUUGCAUAAUGAAACGCGUUGUACGCAACGUUGA